UAAGUUGGAAAAAAUCCCAAAGUACACUAGUUUUUAAAAAAAAUUCCCAAAAUACGUAAGUUAUAAAAAAAAUUCCAAAAGUACACAUGUUUGAGCAUCACCGUUUUAGACAAAAGCGGUGAAGGUCAUCACCGCUUUUGACCAAGACGGUGAAUACUUCACCGUAUUAAACUAAAACGGUGAAGUAUUCACCGUUUCAAACUAAAACGGUGAAGGGUUCACCGCGUUUGUUAAGAACGGUGAACACCUCACCGUUUUGGUUAAAAACGGUGAACACUUCACCGUUGUAGUUUAAAGCGGUGAUCAUUUCCCACGUUUCCCACCCCUGGUAGGUGAUAAUUAGGUCGCAGCUACCAACUAUUCACCGUUUGAGACAAACGCGGUGAUGGUGUUCACCGUUUUUGACAAAAACGGUGAAUAGUAGGCAGAUUUUUCUAUAUAUAGCACACCACCAGCAGUUGUAAAAACAUAACCACUCCCCUUUCUUCAAAUUUCAGCAGCCAAAAUCGAGCAUAAUACACAGAACAGAAAUUUUUCCGUAUGUUGAGACUUUUCGUAUUAUAGUCUAAUUAUGUUUUUAGUAGUUAUAGUAUGAUUUAAUUUUCGUAUUAUGUUGUUGUUAGUUAGUUGAACUUAUGUUCGUUAGUUAUAGUAUGAUUUAAUUUUCGUAUUAUGUUGUUGUUAGUUAGUUGAAUUUAUUUUCGUUAGUUAUGGUAUGAUUUAAUAUUAGUUGUACAAUAUGAUUUUGGUUAAUUUUACUGUCUUUUAAGCUAAUAGAUACUUAUUGUAAAUUGUAGAUAUGGGUAAAUUCAAGAAGUUUCAUCUUACUAUUCGGUGGAAUGGAAGGGUGACAAACUCUGACAUAGGCAUUGAUUAUGAGGACGGCGAAUCCAUUAUGCUGAAAAUUGAUUCCCGAUUCAAUUUUCAAGAACUCUGUGAUAUUUGUGCAUAAAGGGUUUGUACGAGCGGACAGACGAGACUUGGCAAAAUUACUUACCGGUAUCCAGACAUGAGUGCUGGCGGGGUCGUGUUCCAAGAAGUUGUCAUAAACGAUGAUGACGCGGUUACGAUGAUGUUACAGUUCCUAAGCGAUAACCAAGUCCGGCUUGCAGAGGUGUAUGUUGAGACCGAGGCGGUCGGUGAAUCUCAAACUCACCCGUAUUCUUAUGAUGAUGGUUUUGCAGGAGGGUACGGAUGGGGUGGUAGUUCGAGCAACUACCAAGGCGCUGGUUAUACAGGAGGUUACGGGGAGGGUGGUGGUUCAAUCAACUACGGUGGAGGUAGUAGUGCAGGAUGGGUGCCAUCGGAAGAAUACUCGCAACCUCCUCGACCAGCCCCAUUUGUUGAGGCCGAUGGUGUUCAAUGGCCUUCUUGGGGGCCAGAGUGGUCUGAAAUCGAGAAUACCAUUCGAUCAGGGCGUACUUCACAUGAGCGAGAGGACGAUGUUGGUGAUCGUGGUCAUGUUGAUCCUUCUGGCACGAGCUAUCCAUUCGAGUCGAGCGACGAGGAUACUGAGGAAGAUUUGAGAUCAGUGAGCGAGGAGGAGGAAGAUACUGAUGAUAACGAGGAUGAGGCGGCAUUUCGUGAGGCACCCACGCCAUAUUACACACAGGUUCCAACUCAAUUUUUACAUAGUCAGAAUGAUCCCCCCGACUUUGUCCCUAUGCCAGUGUACAAUCCGACGGCCAAUUUGGAGGUGGGUAUGGCGUUCACAUCGAAAGACGCUGUGCAGGAUGCUUUUACAGAAGAGGCGUUGAGGCGCAAUUUCGAGUGGAAGGUAAAAUAUUCUGACAGUAAACAACUACAUGUCAUAUGCAAGCAUGAUGCAGAGGGUUGUACGUGGCAACUGCGGGCUGCAAAUAUGAAGAGAAAGGGUGCUUGGGUCGAGAGGUGCGAACAUUGGAAGAUGCUCCCAUACCCACAGUUGAACGAUGAACAUCGCAGCACCAGCUUGCUUUGCCCCAACCUUCGAGCAAGUACACAGCUCCCGGUAUACGCCCGCUAGCACGGCCGAUCCCCAACUCUUCUCUCCAAUUGCAUCCCAGUCACCGGUGAGCAAUGGCAACCAUAUGCCUUGAAUCCACCGGUUGGACUUGUCGGGGAACAAAAAUCCACCCACCAAACCGAUGAGGUAGAUGCGGGCGUAGCGCUCGACUUGUUCUUCCGGUGUCUCGUCAUUGAUUUCCACCUCUUGCUGGAUGUGAGAUACCAGCCACGGGACCGACACUUGCCCCGCAUUCAACGGUGGAUGCCCCCGUCCUUGAAUUGGUGUGGUGGUCGGCAUGUCGAAGCCCAAACGAUCACGGAUGAGCGGCCCCCAACCUCUUCCGGGUUUGGUCGUGGAACCAAUGAUGGCAUCUCCAGAUAUAGGAAGCCCGGUGAGGAUCGCCACGUCUUUGAGGGUGAUCGUCAUUUCCCCCUCCGGAAGGUGGAAUGUAUGGGUUUCGGGACGCCAUCGUUCCGCCAUUGCCGUAAGCAGAUCGUUGUCGAUCUCAAUCCGCAAGAAAUGGCGCAACAUUCCCAAACCGGUCCUCGCUAUAUAGGGCUCCAACCUUGGAUGCCAAGCGGGCAAGUUAUUGGUCCCUUUAUGAACCACGGGAACAAGAGAUUCCUAAAAAAAAUAGGAAAAACAUCAAUUUAUUAGAUUAAAUAAAGCAAAAUAAAACAUUAGAAAAUAAUAAGAUAAAGCAAGUCAGUUCAUCAAAUUACCGGAUUGUUAUCCCAAAUGGCACGGGAGCGAUGAGCUUCUUGAUCGGUUAAGAGACUCGCAUCCCUUGGGCCAUAAUGGAUAUACAAUCGAGGAUCGUAUAUCUCGACACCCAUCUAUAAAAAAGUAAUAAAAUCAGAGAUUGUUUUGAUAAAAAAAAAAUCAAAUUGUUUCGAUUAAAAAAAAUCAUAAACCAAAAACCUACACGAAGAGCCUCUUCGUCCAUUAUUGGCGGAAGCCGGACAGAGGUUCGACGGGUUUAGAUUUGUAAGGGACGGGAACUUAGCGGGACGGGGGCUUUAGGGUCAAACUCUAGUAAUUCUUUCUGAUGUGGAAGAUCGGACUUAGCCGCAACCACAGAGCAUACUUAGAACGAGACUAGAGCGGAUAAAUUGAGGGAGAAAGAAGUGAAAUGUUUGUGGUGUGAGUUGAAAGUGAAAGGGGAAGGGUUAUUUAUAGUUGGGGGAAGGGAUCUGCCGAGAAUUGAAUUCUCCCAGCCUUCACCGCGUCCGUCAGAAACGGUGAAGGCACCGCGUUUCUCGAACACGGUGAUGAGGCGCGGAUCGAGCGACGUGGCUCAGCGUGAGGCAUCGGAUCUGGAAAGAAAACCACGAUCCGCGCCUCACCGCAUCCAACGGACACGGUGAACGCGCCAGCGACGCGUAUCGCUGACGCAAACAAACACGGGUAUUCACCGUGUUUGUCUAACGCGGUGAAUACCCCGCGUUAGUCCACGUCAGCGCCUUCACCGUGGAAGUCUAAAACGGUGAAGGCUUCACCGUUUUUGUUUAAAACGGUGAGGUAUUCACCGUUCUUAACAAACGCGGUGAACCCUUCACCGUUUUAGUUUGAAACGGUGAAUACGUCACCGUUUUAGUUUAAAACGGUGAAGUAUUCACCGUCUUGGUCAAAAGCGGUGAUGACCUUCACCGCUUUUGUCUAAAACUGUGAUGCUCAAACAUGUGUACUUUUGGAAUUUUUUUUAUAACUUAUGUAUUUUGGGAAUUUUUUUUAAGAACUAGUGUACUUUGGGAUUUUUUCCCCGUAAGUUUAGGGCCGAGCUUAGUUCACUCAUAGGGCUACUACUCGGUUUAAUGCAACACAAAGUAGAAUGGGCUCCCUUCGUAUGGGCUAUAGUACUAAACACCAAAUUAAGCGAUGACAUUAUAUAAUAAAAACCUCCCAUGCAUCGUCUAGAGACGCAUAAACAUUACAGUAGGAA